AUGGAAAAUAUUAAAGAUGUUAACACAGAGAAUGUUGUAUCUCAUAAAGCAUCGGCGAAGAAGAAACGGCAUAAUUCUUUAAAUGAAGCUGUUCAAGUUGUCGUGAGAUGUCGACCCAUGUCGAUAAAGGAAAAAUUAAAUGAUAAUUUUAAUGUUGUUGUAAUGUAUCCAGUGCAUGGAAUUGUUGAAAUUACUAAUCCAAAAGAGGUUGAUACGUAUUCGGAUCAAAAAACAUUUACUUUUGAUGUUGUUUACGAUGCAAAUUCAACUCAAGACGAUGUUUACAAUACAAGUAUUCGGCCACUUGUGGAAUCGGUGCUGGAAGGUUUUAAUGGAUGUGUUUUUGCGUAUGGACAAACCGGAACUGGAAAAACAUACACAAUGGAAGGAUCGAAAGAAAAUAAAGGAAUUAUACCAAAAACAUUUGGACAAAUAUGGGACUAUAUUAAUCGUACAUCAAAUAUGCAAUUCUUAGUAUCUGUUAGUUAUUUAGAAAUUUAUUUGGAAGAAAUUAAAGAUCUAUUAAAAAGAGAUCAUACAUCCAAACUUGAAAUACGAGAAUAUUGUGGUCGAGGAAUUGUUAUACCCAACUUACAUACGGUAACAUGCAAAACAGCCGAAGAAAUGGCACAAGUAAUGGCAAUUGGUAAUCGUAAUCGUACUAUAGGAGGUACCAAAAUGAAUGAUCGUAGUUCAAGAUCCCACGCAAUAUUUUCCGUAACCAUAGAAAUGUGUAACACUGACCAAGAAUACGAGAAUGUCCGAGUUGGCAAAUUAAAUUUAAUUGAUUUAGCUGGCAGUGAGAGACAAUCAAAGACCGGUGCAUGCUCCGAUCGUUUAAAAGAAGCGAGUAAGAUAAAUCGGGCACUAUCUGCAUUAGGUAAUGUAAUUUCCGCUUUAGCUGAGCAUUCCUCACAUAUUCCGUACCGUGAUUCGAAGUUAACACGAUUAUUACAAAACUCGCUUGGCGGUAAUUCGAAAACUGUGAUGAUUGCUAAUAUUGGUCCAUCAAAUUACAACUAUGAGGAAUCUUUGACAACGUUACGGUAUGCUCAUCGAGCCAAAGCAAUCAAAAAUACUCCAUUUAAGAAUGAAGAUCCGAAAGAUGCGAAAUUGCGUGAAUAUAGAGAUGAAAUUAAACGUUUGAAGGAACUAAUUGAACAACGUCGCUUAGAAGAAAAACAAGUAAUUGUAAUUCAUAAAGUUAUUAAAGUUCAUAGAAAUUCCGCUAGAAGUGAGGACCACAUAACAAAUUCUGAUUCAUACGAAACCGAUAGAAGUAGUGAUUCAGGCAGUGAAGCUGAUUUAGAAGAUGAAAUCGAUGAUGAGGAAGAUACAGAACUAAUGGAACGUUUAUAUUUAGAACGACAAAAAACUGACGAAUUGGCAAUGCGAUUAGAAGAACUAGAAAGUCAAUUGGUUAAAGGAGGUCAUGCAUUGGAAGUUAUUGAUAUAAACGAACAAAAAUUAGCCGAGCAAUUAUUAAAAAUAGAAGAGCAAAAAACUCGUGAAACUGAAAUGCAAUAUGUUUUAGAACAAGAAUCUGAUACAAAAGUUGAACUACAUGAGGCGUAUUCUAGUUUACAGCAAGAAUUUGAUAGUAAGUCACAGAAAAUUAACGAAAUGGCAGCGAUAAUUAAGGACUUACAAGAGCAAAUACUUGACUUGCGAGAAAAAACCAAUGAAGAACAGCGUGAAAUUGAAGUGCUAACAGAAGCGUUAAAUAAGGAACUAAAAUUAAAAACAUUGAUAAUUGAAAAUUUUAUAUCAGAUGAAGCAAGAUGUGAAACAACUAACAAAAUUCAUUUCGAUACCAACACUGAUAGUUGGGUACUAAAACGUGGAAUGUUCGAACGACGUACGUGUCGACCUUCUGUUCGACCUGAAUACGAUCGACCAAUCACUAACUACGCUUUGUCCAAAAUGAAAACAAGUAGUUGUCCGUAUCGAUAUAAAAGUGAAAAUAUUAUAAAUUUGAGUUUAGAUUUACCAGAAAAAACCACUGUCAAAUAUCAACCUUCGAAUGUUCCAUCCACAUAUCGACAUAUUUUAAAUGUGGCAAUGUGUCAAGAAGAUGAUGUUAUUAAUAUUGGUGACGGUGUGCAUGGAGUAGAUUGUCCGUUGGGUACAGAUUCAGCUCGUACUCAGGCACAAAUGGAUACAAUUGCUAGAAACUUGGCAAUGAAAAAAGAAACGCAACGUGCUUUACAAAUGCGCAGCGCAAAAACAGUGCCAUUUGUAAUACCAGCAUGCACAACACCUAGCUUUGCCUAUAAUAAAUAUAGUAAAAAAUAAUACGAUAUAUUUUCGAAUAUCUCAGUGCUUCGAUUUUAUUGAAGAACAAUUUUUAUGAUUAGAAAUAUUUCUAUUCUCAUUUAAGAAUGAGAUUUUUAGCGUUUACAAGGGAAACUAAAACAAUCCACGCAAAUUUUUUUCCUUUUAAAAAGCUGCGGAAUUGUUUUAAUAGAGGAUAGAAUUAUUUUUGAUAGA